CCAUUUUACUUAUGGAAAGCUGUGUGGCAUAGAGCUUCACGGUGGAAGAAGCAUUUUUUUUUUUUUUAAAUCUCUUGAAAGAAGAGAGCCACAAUGGGCAUGCUAGUGCACAAUCAUUGCAGCCACGUGUGCCUGCAAGCUGCCCCUGCGACAAGCUGUUGACUGCUGUUGCAAUUAGCUGAUUGGAGAACGGGGAAUGCAGGGUGAUAACGCCGCGUAUCAGCUCGCGGGCAGCAGCAGGAAAGGGUUUUGUCUAGGGAAGGCAAGCCUUCCCCGCACAGUUAUCUCAGCAGCUCCCCAACUGAGAGAACCCGGGCUCUGAAAAGAGGGUGCCUCCCUCUGCUAGCACAGGUCCUGCGCGAGGCUGCUGCUCGCAGGUCUGGGAAAGCAGGUGUGUGCGCGGAUGGGCACUGGGCUGGAACGCAGGCAGCCGCUCUCGGGUUCACCUGCUUCCUGUGAACAGACUGUUAGCUCCGAGCAUCUGCUCCCGCUCCUGCACGCUGAAGCUGAGGCUGAGAAAGGGGCUCCGGGCAUCCCACUUGACUGACAGAGACCCUUGGAUUGGACUUAAUCUUAAACCUCUGGAGGUCAAGACCUUUUUAAAAAGGGCUAAAUAAACAAUCUCUACACGGGAAAAGGCCACUGACUCCCACUUCCUCUGCUGGAGCAACCGUGAAGUUCAGCCUCUUCAAGUGAGCUCCUGGUUUCCCUUCGGGUAUGAUUCUACCGAACCUGAAUCAUCUGAACUCAACUUUCAGGAAAACUGAAGACUUUAAUAACAAACCCUUCCAGGUGAAAAUGAAUACAGAUAGCGGUGGGUGUGCUCGCAAGCGUGCGGCCAUGUCUGUCACGUUAACAUCUGUGAAGAGAGUUCAAAGUUCGCCAAACCUGUUGGCUGCAGGGCGUGAUUCUCAGUCUCCAGACUCAGCGUGGAGAUCUUACAGUGAUCGAAAUCCAGAGACACUGAACGGAGAUGCCACAUAUUCCUCUCUUGCAGCAAAAGGUUUUAGAAGCGUCCGACCAAACCUGCAAGACAAAAAAUCACCAACCCAGGCACCCAUUCCACCAGGCAGGAAAGAGAGCUUUUGCCAGUCUUUGAUAACUGAUCCAACAAAGGGUGACAUUUUAGAUUCAAUAGUAACUAACACAGAAAGCCCAUGGCGUACGGAGAGCUUCGCUAACCUCAAGCCUCUCCAUGGAGCUAUGCUUUCUAGUGAAGACUCUAACCAGACAAUAGUGUACUCUGAGGAAUCCAACAGAACGGUGUCAUACACACAGAAAAUCACUAACCCACUACCAGCAUCCCCCAGCUCCAGUCCUGCACCAUUCGGAGACACUAACACGUUUCUACAAGAGGACUACAUGCAAGAUUCUCAAACCCGAAGAAUUUCUACCUUGAAACUAACCCAUAAUCAGACCCAAGGGAAUGGUUCCCCCUUUAAACCACCACAGUGUUCCCAACCCACUGACGUCCCAUCAUCUCUGAAAAGGUCUUGCUCACCAACCCCUAGCCCAGGACCCAACACACACACAGCAGCUCUCUCCAUUCAGAUAGCUCCCCAUUCAGGACAGGAUCUUGAAAGCCACCAGCAGUUCCCUGAACUGCCUCCAGAAAGUGAAAAGAUGCCUCUUCAGCAAGAGAGACAAACAUCUACAGAUGCCGAGACCUGUCUGACCCCAGCGAGCCAGAUAACCAUCAAUGGCAACUCUGGCGGUGCUGUGAGUCCAGUCAGUUACUAUCAAAGGCCAUUCUCCCCUUCCGCGUACUCCCUUCCAGCCUCGCUCAACUCCAGCCUUAUCAUGCAGCAUGGCAGAUCGCUUGAUUCUGCAGAGACCUAUUCCCAGCAUGCCCAGUCUCUGGACGGCACCAUGGGAGGCUCUAUCCCACUCUACAGAUCCUCAGAGGAAGAGAAGAGAGUGACGGUUAUCAAAGCCCCACAUUACCCAGGGAUCGGCCCCGUGGACGAGUCCGGCAUCCCCACAGCCAUUAGAACGACAGUCGACCGGCCGAAGGACUGGUACAAGACAAUGUUUAAGCAAAUUCACAUGGUCCACAAGCCGGAUGAGGACACAGACAUGUAUAAUACUCCUUACACAUACAACGCAGGUCUGUACAACUCGCCGUACAGCACUCAGUCACACCCUGCUGCGAAGACCCAGACGUACAAACCCCUUUCCAAGAGCCACUCAGACAACGGCACAGACGGUUUCAAGGAGACGCCCUCCCCAGUGCCUCCCCCGCAUGUCCCACCACGACCGAGAGAUCAAUCUUCAACAGAAAAGCAUGACUGGGACCCUCCAGACAGAAAGGUGGACACCAGAAAAUUCCGAUCGGAGCCAAGGAGCAUUUUUGAAUAUGAACCUGGGAAGUCAUCCAUUCUGCAGCAUGAAAGACCCCCCCCUGUCCCACCAACUCCGACACCUGUUCCCAGGGAACCCAGCCGGAAGCCUCUCUCUGUGUCACCCUCAACAGAUGGCCUGCGUAGCCCUUCCCCUCCACCCCGGAGCUGUGUCCCUGCACCCCGUCAGAGUCCGAGCGCCCCAGCUCCCUCUCCCACCCGGACUGGUCGCAUAAAUCCAGAUGACAUAGACUUAGAAAAUGAACCCUGGUAUAAAUUCUUUUCAGAACUGGAGUUUGGACGCCCGCCUCCUAAAAAGGCUCUGGAUUAUGUUCAAGAUCAUUCUUCCGGUGUUCCCAAUGAGGCCUCCAUCUAUCAGCCCUCCAUUGACAGAAGCCUAGAAAGACCCAGCAGUUCCGCGAGCAUGGCUGGGGACUUUCGGAAGCGGAGGAAGAGUGAACCUGCAGUGGGCCCACCCAGAGGCCUGGGGGAUCAGAGUGUGAGCAGGACCAGCCCCAGCCGGGCAGACCUCCCAGGAUCAAGCUCCACAUUUACGAAGUCUUUCAUUAGCUCUUCUCCUUCCUCUCCCUCAAGAGCCCAAGGUGGGGACGAUAGCAAAAUGUGUUCAUCCCUUUGCAGUCACUCGGGGCUCAAUGGCGCCCCCUCUGGUGAGUUAGAGUACUGUAGCGCUUAUAGACAGCAUUUGGAUGUCCCCCCGGACUCGCAAAGGGCCAUCACCUUCAAGAAUGGCUGGCAAAUGGCCCGGCAAAAUGCGGAGAUCUGGAGCAGCACGGAAGAGACCGUGUCCCCCAAAAUCAAAUCGCGUAGCUGUGAUGAUCUCCUGAAUGACGAUUGCGACAGCUUCCCAGACCCUAAAGCCAAGUCAGAAAGUAUGGGUUCUCUGUUAUGCGAGGAAGACUCCAAAGGGAGCUGCCCCAUGGCGUGGACUUCCCCCUAUAUCCAGGAAGUGUGUGUUAAUGGCAGAUCCAGAAUCAAACACAGGUCAGCCCAUAAUGCCCCGGGCUUCCUCAAAAUGUACAAGAAGAUGCAUCGCAUCAACCGCAAGGAUUUGAUGAAUUCAGAGGUAAUUUGCUCCGUAAAGUCCAGGAUACUGCAGUAUGAAAACGAACAGCAGCAUAGGGGGCUGCUCCAUGGUUGGAGCCAGUCUUCCACCGAGGAAGUGCCCAGGGACAUGGUACCCACCCGCAUUUCGGAAUUUGAAAAGCUGAUACAGAAGUCCAAAUCCAUGCCCAAUCUAGGGGAUGAGACGUUGUCUCCCAUCACCCUAGAACCCCAACAAAACGGCCUGUGUCCCAAGAGACGAUUUUCUAUUGAGUCUCUGCUAGAAGAAGAAACUCAGGGUAGACAGCCUUCUCAGGGUCAGCGAAACUGCAAGUCUAAAACCCUGGUGCCCAUCCACAUCGAAGUCACCAGCGACGAGCAACCCAGAGCUCACAUAGAGUUUUCCGACAGCGACCAAGAUGGAGUGGUGUCUGACCACAGCGACUACAUUCACGUCGAAGGGUCAUCCUUUUGCAGCGAAAGCGAUUUCGACCAUUACUCCUUCACAUCCUCCGAAAGCUUCUACGGUUCCAGCCAUCACCACCACCACCAUCACCACCACCAUCACCGGCACCUCAUCAGCUCCUGCAAAGGCCGAUGUCCAGCCUCUUACACUCGGUUUACCACAAUGCUAAAGCAUGAACGAGCUAAGCAUGAGAACACGGACCCACCCAGGAGGCAAGAAAUGGACCCCGGCCUGUCUAAACUCGCAUUUCUCGUCAGCCCCGUGCCUUUCCGAAGGAAAAAGAAUUUGACUCCCAAAAAACAGACUGAACAGGCAAAAUGUAAUGCCUCCGUAGUAGAGGCUCUGGACUCUGCCCUUAAGGACAUCUGCGACCAAAUCAAGGCUGAGAAAAGAAGGGGGAGCCUGCCGGACAACAGCAUACUGCAUAGGCUUAUCAGCGAGCUGUUGCCAGAGAUCCCGGAGAGGAAUUCAUCCCUUAACGCUCUAAAACGGAGCCCUGGGCACCAGCCUUUCCACCCACUGCCUCAAGAUGGUGCUAUUAAUUGUCCAGUGUACCAAAACGACUGUGGGAGGAUGCCUCACAGUGCCUCUUUUCCAGACGUGGACGCAACCAACAACAGCUACCAUGCCCAAGAUUACGGUAGUGAGCUGAGUUUCCGAGACCAUGAGUCCCCUAGAAGUUACUCAUCUACUUUGACUGACCUGGGAAGAAGUGUAUCACGGGAACGAAGAGGAACUCCAGAAAAAGAGAAAUUGCCUGCAAAAGCUGUCUAUGAUUUCAAAGCUCAGACAUCUAAGGAGCUAUCGUUUAAGAAAGGAGAUACUGUCUACAUCCUUAGGAAAAUUGACCAGAACUGGUACGAGGGGGAGCACCACGGGAGAGUGGGCAUUUUCCCAAUCUCAUAUGUAGAGAAACUGACUCCUCCAGAGAAAGCACAGCCCGCCAGACCACCACCCCCAAUCCAGCCUGGAGAGAUCGGAGAAGCCAUAGCCAAAUACAACUUCAAUGCCGACACAAACGUGGAGCUCUCCCUGCGAAAGGGCGAUAGGAUUAUUCUUCUUAAAAGAGUUGAUCAAAACUGGUAUGAAGGCAAGAUCCCGGGAAGCAACAGGCAAGGCAUCUUCCCUGUUUCCUAUGUAGAAGUCAUCAAGAAGAACGCACAAGGUGCCGAGGACUACCCUGACCCUCCCAUACCCCACAGCUACUCUAGCGAUAGAGUCCACAGCCUAAGCUCCAACAAGUUGGCUUCCAGUGAACAGACCUGUCUUCCUGUAUUUAAUGCUCUGCCCAGCACAGAGAAAGGAGACCUACAGGGAACUGCCCAAGAGUGGCUAUCCCUGACAGACUGGUGUCCACCAGCAAUCCCAUUGGCUCCAACACCAUCCUCUGUCCUCGACAACUUCUUGGUUGAAUUAGAGAAGUUUAGCGCUUUAAUCUUACCAUCUGACCAGGCCAAACUGAACAUCCCAGACCAGGUCAUCCUUGAAAUUAAGGAGGAGCCCUCUUGCCUCCCCCUCACACUACCUCCAGCAUCUCUACCAGUCAAAUCACCUCACUGUCUCUCACCUUCUCCUCGCUCGAGUAUCACCUCAGCUGGGGCCCAGCCUGAUGAUACAGUGUCUCUUCAAAAUUCCAGGAUGGACACACAAAGCAAAUUCAUAGAUUUGAAUAAAAAGAGAAGGAGCAUUUCAGACCCUACCAAAAUUCUUGAAGUCCUAGGCGAUAAAUUUGUGGCCUCUGCAUGCACCAAUGUGGGUGCCUUGGCUAUAACUCUUCCUGUCAUUGGAGAGGAGGAUGAGAACCUCCGGGAGGGGCUCGCAUACCAAAGAGAGCUGCCGGGAGCUCAAGAGCAAGCUAUCCCGUGGUAUGACCACAACAAUGCAGAGGAAACACCGCCACUGCACAUCAAGGAGGAGGAAGAAGAGGAGGACCCCGACCGCUUAAAAUAUUCACUUGGCAUUCGCACACACCCUAGAACCCCCAAAGAAGACUUCAAGGCAGCAAAAACCAGUAGUGAGCCACCUUCAUUUGCUUCGGAAGAUGGAACUGCCACGCCUUUCCCCAGCUGUCUGUCUCCCUCCCCUCCGUGUCACUCUUCUCUGGCCCGUGAGUGCUUUCAGCCCACCCAGGCCUCCUCACCUCCUCUCCUUCCCAAAUACCCUCAUCAACAGGAGAUAAGUUCACCAGAACCAAAGCCACAUCGUUCUGUGUUCACUCAUGACAACAUUCAAGGUCAGGGGGAACCGUUUCAGGCUCUGUAUAACUAUACUCCUAGGAAUGAAGACGAGCUGGAGCUCAGAGAGAGUGAUGUCGUGGAUGUCAUGGAGAAGUGUGAUGACGGAUGGUUCGUGGGAACUUCGAGAAGAACCAAAUUCUUUGGGACUUUUCCCGGAAACUAUGUCAAGAGGCUGUGAAUCGCUUUCUUCCUCAUUUACUCCGCAUUUUCAGUCACACGUCCGCACAACUCACCUGGAACAUCCCAGCAGGCCUGCCGCUGUCAUGCCUUAUGGUUUCCCAAGGCCAUUGCCAUCUCCACCUGCCACCACCAAAUCACCAGCAGCAACUGCCGCUGUGAGCCUUAGGGAGACUGGGCGCUUAUAGGGAAAUGUGGCAAAACUUACACCCGCAUCAAUGCGGUUUCCUGCUUUCUGCCCUGAACUUUAAAAAUCUCUGUGUAUGGAAUCAGAAUGAAAGUCAUGGUACUUAAAAAGAGUGGAAGAAUUAAGGCAGGAAAAAAAGAGGAGAGAGAAAGAAAGAAAGAAAGAAAGAAAGAAAGAAAGAAAGAAAGAAAGACGGAAGAAAGAAAGAAAAGAGACUCUCUAGGAGACUGGCUGGUCUCAUCACGGCUGUAUUUCCCCCCUCUCUAGAAGGUGUUCUGUGCUCAGGAACCAGACUGUUUUCUGAAAUGCUGUGGUUUGCAUUUUCACCCUCAGCUUGGCAGUGUGUUUUCCUCUCACGAGUUUGCCUAGUGCCCUGGUUUGCACUGUAUAACAGCUAUACUUCAGCUAUUGUUUGCCUGCACUUCUUACAUAUUGUUUAUGCACAGUGAUUUAUAAAAUCUAGAGCGAGUAGGAAGGUUAAUUGGGACGGCUGUGAUUUCUGUUGGCUGCAUUAAGUUCUCACCCAGGAGUCUUAUCCUGCCCGUUUUUGUGUACUUAUUAGAAGUGCAAACAGUGAGUGAUUAAGAAGCCGUUGGUCACUACCAUGACUAUCAUGAAGGUUUAGCCACACUGCGGGACAAAUCGUGUUGUAAAUUUGCAUUGCUGUUUUAUAUUAAAAUGUAAUCAUCAGCAUCAUGAACAAUGAGCUCUUAGUGUUUUAUUUAUCUGUUAAAACUUAAAAAGCAGUGUUAGUAAGAGAGGCAAAGAGAUGAAGUAACACCCAUAGGUGGGUUUCACUGCGUGUGUACACUUACACAUAAGGACAUAAAUCAGAUGCUAUAUUGUACAUUUUAUGGACAUGUAAAAGAAUCCCACAUUAUUUUAUAGAGUACCUCGGAAGCAUCCUGAGUGUUAAGGCUGGCUUUAGCAAGGACUAUGAUCUAUGUCUAGCAAGGACAAUUAUUUUUACUACAAUAAUUAUUUUUCUUCUAUAAAACCCAGAAUCCUGACUCCAUUUGCAGACAGGAAUAUAUAUGUUGAGCCUGAUUUUUCUGGUGUGUGUAAAAUAUUUCCUAGAAAUAAUGAGGCAAUUUUAGAAAUAAUGGUUAAAUCAUUCAGGUUGUGUUUCCUGCCCCCAAACAGUUCCACAAAAUGAUACCAAACCUGAAAGAUUUAAUGGAUUCACAGUGCCUGUGUUCCGCAUACUCUGAGAAGUAGCUUUGUAUUUCGAAUGAAUUUGCAUAAGACCUGUUCGUCUUUGAAAUCUUUAGCACCUUAUAGACAAAACUUUUUAUGGCUUUUCUCCGUGGGCAAUGCUUGAUCUCACACAACAUGUAGACUCCAGCAUUUUGUAUAUAUGUUUGUUCUUUUCUUUUGUAUAGACUAUUGUUCAGAAAAUGGGGAUUUCACAAUUUGGUCUUUAUCCUGCACUUAAACUGAGCUUAAACUCUUCCGGCAGGUCUCCCUUGAGGCUCUCUUCACAGAUCACAGGCUAGUACGAAUCUGGAAGAUAACAUCUACACAAAAUUCUAUGAAUUGGAAAGAUCUUUGUAUCCAACUUGAAAUGCACGUAGAUACUGGCAACAGAGGAACGUCACUAAGGGGGUAGGGACAAAAACACCUUUGAGAAGCUCACUUUACUCUCCAGUUCACGACCAGCUUUCUAUUAGGAAAACUUGGGAUUGGCAAUCAGCCAGCCACGUGCAGCUUUGCUGAUGAAUGACUACUUCUUUUUCACACCAUUUAUGAAAACAAAUCUUCAACUCUGCUGCCUGUUCUAUUUAAGAAAAUUUGCUGUUUCUACUCUCUGUAUCUGAUUUUAAAAGGGAAAAAAAAAUAUUCAUACCUGGCUUUCAGGUCAUUGACUUUGAAUUCUUACAAAGCAAAGGUCAUUGUGUUUUUCUUGAGUAGAUACCUAAUAAAUUUUGCUUGAAAGUA